GAGCUCUAUGCUAACAACGACAGGGGAGAGGAGCCAGCGGAGUCUGAACGGGCUCCUUCGCAGCCAUGGCUGAAGGUGGAGAAGGAGAGGAUGAGAUCCAGUUCCUCAGGACUGAUGAUGAAGUGGUGCUCCAGUGCGUGGCCUGCAUCCAGAAGGAGAAUCGAAAGUUCUGCCUGGCUGCAGAGGGACUGGGCAACCGGCUGUGCUACCUGGAGCCCACAUCCGAAGCCAAGUAUGUUCCUCCAGACUUGUGCAUCUGUACCUUUGUGCUGGAGCAGUCUCUGUCGGUGCGAGCCCUGCAGGAGAUGCUGGCGAAGAGCGGACAGAACAGCGAAGGGAGGCUCAUAAGGAAGGCGGCGCAGAGCGGAGGACACAAGACCCUGCUGUACGGACACGCCAUCCUCCUGCGGCACUCCUUCAGCUCCAUGUACCUGGCCUGUUUGAAGACAUCACGGUCACAGACAGAUAAGCUGUCCUUUGAUGUGGGCCUGCAGGAGGAUUCAACAGGUGAAGCCUGUUGGUGGACGAUCCACCCCGCCUCCAAACAGAGAUCGGAAGGAGAGAAAGUGCGCAUCGGCGACGACCUGAUCCUCGUGAGCGUGUCCUCAGAGCGAUACCUUCAUUUGUCCAUCUCCAACGGAAACAUCCAGGUGGAUGCUUCUUUCAUGCAGACGCUGUGGAACGUCCACCCCUUCUGCUCCGGGAGCAACAUAGAAGAAGGCUACCUGUUGGGCGGUCACGUGAUGCGACUGUUUCACGGACAUGACGAGGUUGUGACCAUCCCAGGAUCGGACCAGAGCGAGGAGCAGCAGAGGAUAGUCAACUAUGAGAUGGGUAAAGCUGGUGCCAAGGCCAGGUCGUUAUGGAGGCUGGAGCCUCUCCGGAUCAGCUGGAGCGGGAGCCAUAUUCGCUGGGGCCAACCUUUCCGACUACGGCACCUGACCACCGGUCACUACCUGGCUCUGACUGAAGACCGGGGGCUGGUGCUGCAGGACCGGGAGAGGUCUGACACCGUGGCCACCGCCUUCUGCUUCAGAGCCUCCAAGGAGAAGCUGGAGCAGAGCCCCAAGCGGGACAUCGAGGGCAUGGGGGUGGCAGAGAUUAAAUACGGGGACUCGCUCUGCUUCAUCAUGCACGUGGCCACGGGACUCUGGCUCUCCUACCAAGCACCUGAUGUCAAAUCUGCUCGUCUGGGUCCCCUCAAGAGAAGAGCAUGCCUGCACUCUGAAGGUCACAUGGACGACGGGCUGACCCUGCAGCGCUGUCAACACGAAGAGUCCCGCGCAGCACGAAUCAUUCGCAACACCACGCUGCUCUUCAAGCGAUUCAUCAGGGACCUGGAUUGUCUGGGAGUUAAGAAUAGGGCGCUCGUGGCGCUGCCCGUGGAGGAGGUGCUCCAAACCCUCAAUGACCUCAUCACCUAUUUCCAGCUCCCAGAUGCCGAGCUGGAGCACGAGGAGAGGCAGAUCAAGCUGCGCUCGCUCAAGAACCGCCAGAACCUCUUCAAGCAGGAAGGCAUGUUGACUCUGGUCUCCAAUUGCAUCGACCGUCUGAACGUCUACAACAGCGCGGCUCAUUUCGGGGAGUGUGCCGGCUCGGAGGCCGGCGCCGCCUGGAAGGACAUCCUCAACCUGCUGUACGAGCUGCUGGCGGCACUAAUCCGGGGGAACAGGAACAAUUGCACGCAGUUCUCCAACAACUUGGACUGGCUGGUGAGCAAGCUGGAAAGACUGGAGUCUUCGUCAGGCAUCCUGGAGGUUCUGCACUGCAUCCUAAUCGAGAGCCCCGAGGCGCUCAACAUCAUCCAGAGAGGACACAUCAAGUCCAUCAUAUCGCUGCUGUACAAGCACGGGCGCAACCACAAGAUUCUGGACGUGCUCUGCUCACUGUGCGUGUGCAACGGCGUCGCCGUGCGAACCAAUCAGAACCUCAUCUGCGAUCACUUGCUGCCCAAGAGAGAUCUGCUGCUCCAGACUCAGCUGGUCAACGACGUCCAGAGUAUGAGGCCGAACAUCUUCCUGGGGGUGAGCGAGGGCUCGGCGCAGUACAAGAAGUGGUACUACGAGCUGAUGAUCGACCAGGUGGACCACUUCGUGACCAGCGAGCCGUCCCACCUCAGGGUGGGCUGGGCCAACACCAAGGGUUACGCCCCCUACCCCGGAGGAGGCGAGGGCUGGGGCGGCAACGGCGUCGGCGACGACCUCUACUCCUACGGCUUUGAUGGGCUUCACCUCUGGUCGGGUCGUAUCCCGCGGGCGGUGGCCUCCAUGAACCAGCACAUCCUGACCUCGGAGGACGUGGUGAGCUGCUGCCUGGACCUGGGAGCGCCCAGCAUCUCCUUCCGGAUCAACGGGCAGCCCGUGCAGGGCAUGUUCGAGAACUUCAACACGGACGGGCUCUUCUUCCCGGUGGUCAGCUUCUCGGCGGGGGUCAAGGUUCGCUUCCUGCUGGGCGGCCGACACGGCGACUUCAAGUUCCUGCCCCCGUCGAGCUACGCCCCGUGUUACGAAGCCCUGCUGCCCAAAGAGAAGAUGAAGGUGGAGCCGGUGAAGGAGUACAAGAGGGACGUGGAGGGGGUCCGAGACCUGCUGGGCAACACCCAGUUCAUGUCGCAGGCCUCCUUCAUCCCCACGCCGGUGGAAACCAGCCAGAUCGUCAUGCCGCCUCAUUUGGAGAAGGUUCGGGACAAGCUGGCCGAGAACAUCCACGAGCUGUGGGGUAUGAAUAAGAUUGAGCUGGGCUGGUCGUACGGCAAGAGGAUAAGGGACGACAAUAAGCGGCAGCAUCCGUGCCUGGUGGAUUUCUCCAAGCUGCCAGAGACCGAAAAGAACUACAAUCUGCAGAUGUCCACCGAGACGCUGAAGACCCUGCUGGCUUUGGGCUGUCGAGUCGUUCAAGUGAAUCCAAACGCCGAGGACUCCCUCAAAAAGAUAAAACUCCCAAAGAACUACAUGAUGUCCAACGGAUACAAGCCGACCCCUCUGGACCUCUCGGACAUAAAACUGACCCCGGGUCAGGAGCUGCUGGUGGAUAAGCUGGCGGAGAACGCGCACAACGUGUGGGCCAAAGAUCGCAUCAAACAGGGGUGGACCUACGGCAUCCAGCAGGAUUUGAAGAGUAAGCGUAAUCCUCGCCUGGUUCCUUACGUCCUGCUGGAUGAGCGCACCAAGAAGUCGAACCGGGACAGCCUGCGGGAGGCCAUCCGCACCCUGAUUGGCUACGGAUACAACAUCGAGCCCUCGGACCAGGAAGGCGGACAAGUGGUUGAGCGGCUCAGCAUCGAUAAGAUCCGCUUCUUCAGGGCAGAGAGGACGUACGCCGUGAAGACCGGGAAAUGGUACUUUGAGUUUGAGGCCGUCACGGGAGGAGACAUGAGGGUGGGCUGGGCCCGGCCGGGAUGCAAGCCAGAUGUGGAGCUCGGCACCGAUGAACUCGCGUUCGUCUUCGAUGGACACCGGGGCCACUGUCUCAACAUGGGCAGCCGGUUGUUCGGACGCUGCUGGCACGCUGGAGACGUGGUGGGCUGCAUGAUCAACAUGGAGGACAAGUCCAUGAUCUUCACUCUGAACGGAGAGAUCCUGAUCACCACCAAAGGCUCCGAGCUCUGCUUCACCGACUUCGAGACGGAGGACGGGUUCAUCCCGGUCUGCAGCCUCGGCCUGUCUCAGGUGGGCCGCAUGAACCUGGGGAAGGACGCCAGCACCUUCAAGUACUACACCAUGUGUGGCCUGCAGGAAGGCUUCGAGCCCUUCGCCGUCAACAUGAACCGAGAGGUCACCAUGUGGUUCAGCAAGCGGCUGCCCACGUUUGUCAACGUGCCAAAGGAUCACAACCACAUCGCUGUAACCAGGAUCGACGGCACCGUUGAUAGCCCCCCUUGUCUUAAAGUCACCCACAAGACCUUUGGCACCCAGAACAGUAAUGCUGACAUGGUGUUCUGUCGCCUCAGCAUGCCUGUGGAGUUCCACUCCACGUUCAAGGCCAGUCCCGUGGUCGACAUGAACGGCGUGCACGAAGAGGAUCUGCUCAAAGUUAAACACAGAUAUCCAUUGCGAUCUGUGAGGCACAGUGAAGAAAGCAGGAGAGUGGACUACAGCAGCAUCACCAUGUACCACCACUCGGUGAGGAUCUUUGCCGGUCAAGACCCUUCCUGCGUGUGGGUGGGAUGGGUGACCCCCGACUACCACUACUACAGCAACAAUUUCAACCUCAGCAAGAACCGGACCGUGACCGUGACUCUGGGCGACGAACGAGGACGAGUCCACGAGAGCGUGAAGAGGAGCAACUGCUACAUGGUGUGGGGCGGCGACAUUACCAGCGCCGCUCACACGGCCAGUCGCACCAACGUGGAUCUGGAGAUCGGCUGCCUGAUAGACCUGGCCACCGGGCUGGUCACAUUCACCGGCAAUGGAAAAGAGAUAUCCACAUCGUAUCAGGUGGAACCCAACACCAAGCUGUUCCCCGCUGUGUUCGUGCGGCCCACCAGCCCCAACCUGUUCCAGUUUGAACUGGCUAAAAUAAAGAAUGCCAUGCCUCUGUCGUCGGCCAUCUUUAAGAGCGAACACAAGAACCCGGUGCCGCAGUGCCCGCCCAGGCUGGACGUGCAGACCAUCAACGCCGUGCUGUGGAGCCGCAUGCCCAACAUCUUCCUCAAAGUGGAAACAGCCAGAGUGAACGAGCGACACGGCUGGGUGGUCCAGUGCGUGGAGCCCCUGCAGAUGUUGGCCGUGCACAUUCCAGAGGAGAACAGGUGCGUCGACAUCAUGGAGCUGUCGGAGCAGGAGGACCUGAGGAAGUUCCACUACCACACCCUGAAGCUGUACUGCGCCCUGUGCGCCCUGGGGAACACCCGCGUGGCCCACGCCCUCUGCAGCCACCUGGACCAGUCGCAGCUCCUGUACACCAUCGACAACCAGUACCUGUCGGGCGUGCUGCGCGAGGGCUUCUACAACCUCCUCAUCAGCAUCCACCUGGAGACGGCCAAGGGGGCGCGGCUCAUGAUGAAGGACGAGUUCAUCAUCCCCGUGACGGCGGAGACCCGCUCCAUCCGGCUCUUUUCCGACGCCUCCAAGAAGCACCUCCCCCCGGGGGUGGGGCUGAGCACGUCGCUCAAACCCCGCCUCAACUUCGCCCCGGCCUGCUUCAUCAGCACCAAGCGCGAGCAUCUGUACAGCCCGCAGAUUCCGCUGGACGCGCUGAAGGAGAAGGCCAUCCUGAUGCUGACGGAGGCGGUUCACGGCGGGGGGCACCACAUCCGGGACCCCGUCGGCGGGGGGGUGGAGUUCCAGUUUGUGCCGAUCCUGAAGCUCAUCAGCACCUUGCUGACGAUGGGGGUCCUGGGCAGCGAGGACGUCCACAAGAUCUUACUGCUCAUCGACCCCAACGUGUUCCGGGAGACGCACGAGGAGGGGGCGUCGGGGGCCACGGACAAAGAGGGGCUGACGGGGACGGAGGAGAAGGCGGUGGAGGCUGGAGAGGAGGAGGCAGCCAAGGAGGCCAAACAGCCGAUGAAGGGACUGCUGGAGACCAGGCUGCCGGAGCCCGUCAAACGCCAGAUGUGCGAGCUGCUGCAUUAUUUCUGCGACUGCGAGCUGAAGCACCGGAUCGAGGCCAUCGUCUCCUUCUCCGACAACUUCGUCUCCAAGCUGCAGUUCAACCAGAAGUUCCGCUACAACGAGCUGAUGCUGGCCCUCAACAUGUCGGCCGCCGUCACCGCCAAGAAGACCAAGGAGUUCCGGUCGCCGCCCCAAGAACAGAUCAACAUGCUGCUGACCUUCAGCACAGGAGAGGACUGUCCGUGUCCCGCAGACAUCCAGGAGGAACUGUACGAUUUCCACAACCAGCUGCAGCUUCACUGUGGAAUCCCUAUGGAGGAAGACGAAGACGAGCAAGCUACAUCCAUUAAAGGUCGCCUCCUGAUGCUGGUGAACAAGAUCAAGGGCCAGGCUCACAAAGCAGAGGCGCCCACGGAGCAGGAGCAAGCGGCGCCAUCCAAUCUGAAGGAGCUGAUCUCUCAGACCAUGGUGAGCUGGGCUCAGGAGUGUCACAUCCAGGACCCCCAGCUGGUCCGCAAGAUGUUCAGCCUGCUGAGGCGGCAGUACGACAGCAUCGGGGAGCUGCUCCGCGCCAUGAGGAAGACGUACACCAUCAGCGCCGCCUCGGUCCAGGACACCAUCAACCUGCUGGCGUCGCUGGGUCAGAUCCGGUCGCUGCUGUCGGUGCGGAUGGGGAAGGAGGAGGAGAAGCUCAUGAUCGAUGGACUUGGCGACAUCAUGAACAAUAAGGUUUUCUACCAGCACCCGAACCUGAUGAGGAUACUGGGCAUGCAUGAGACGGUCAUGGAAGUCAUGGUCAACGUCCUCGGAGGAGACAAGUCUCAGGAAAUUGCCUUCCCCAAGAUGGUGGCCAGCUGCUGCCGCUUCCUGUGCUACUUCUGCCGGAUCAGCCGGCAGAACCAGAAGGCCAUGUUUGACCACCUCAGCUACCUGCUGGAGAACAGCAGCGUGGGCCUCGCUUCACCGGCGAUGAGGGGCUCCACCCCUCUGGAUGUAGCUGCCUCCUCAGUGAUGGACAACAACGGUUUGGCCCUGGCUCUGGAGGAACCCGACCUGGACAAGGUGGUCACCUACCUGGCUGGAUGCGGUCUGCAGAGCUGUCCAAUGCUUCUCGCCAAAGGUUAUCCGGACAUUGGGUGGAACCCCAUCGAAGGGGAGCGCUACCUGUCUUUUCUGCGAUUUGCUGUGUUCGUCAAUGGAGAGAGCGUGGAGGAGAACUCCAGCGUCGUGGUGAAACUUCUCAUCCGCCGACCCGAGUGUUUCGGCCCGGCCCUGAGGGGGGAGGGGGGCAACGGCCUGCUGGCUGCCAUGAAGGAGGCCAUCAAGAUCUCGGAGACGCCGGCGCUGGACCUGCCGGGCUCCGUGCAGGGGGUCAGCUCUGACGCCUCUGCCGACGGUGACGAUGAGGAGGAGGUGGUCCACAUGGGGAACGCCAUCAUGUCCUUCUACUCCGCUCUCAUCGACCUGCUGGGACGCUGCGCCCCUGAGAUGCACCUCAUCAACAAAGGCAAAGGAGAAGCGCUGCGUAUCCGAGCCAUCCUGCGCUCUCUGGUCCCCACCGAGGACCUGGUGGGAAUCAUCAGCAUCCCCCUCAAAAUGCCCGUCGUCAAUAAAGACGGGUCGGUGACGGAGCCGGACAUGUCUGCCAGCUUCUGCCCGGACCACAAGGCCCCCAUGGUGCUGUUCCUAGACCGCGUGUACGGGAUCGAAGACCAGAGCUUCAUGCUCCACCUGCUGGAGGUGGGCUUCCUGUCGGACCUGAGGGCCGCCACGUCCUUAGACACGGAGGGCCUGUGCACCACGGAGACCGCCCUGGCCAUGAACCGCUACAUCGGUUCGGCCAUGCUGCCCCUCCUCACCCGCUGCGCCCCGCUGUUCGCCGGCACCGAGCACUACCCCACCCUCAUCGACUCCACGCUGCACACCAUCUACCGCCUGUCCAAGGGCCGCUCGCUCACCAAGGCGCAGAGGGACGCCAUCGAGGAGUGCCUGCUGUCGGUCUGCAAGCACCUCCGUCCCUCCAUGCUGCAGCAGCUCCUGCGUCGCCUCGUCUUUGAUGUGCCCUUGCUGACUGACUACUGCAAGAUGCCCCUGAGGCUGCUCACCAACCACUACGAGCAGAACUGGAAGUACUACUGCCUCCCGUCGGGCUGGGGCAGCUUCGGCACGGCGUCCGAGGACGAGCUGCUGCUCACCAAGAAGAUCUUCUGGGGAGUUUUCGACUCUCUGUCACAGAGGAAAUAUGACCCUGAGCUCUUCAAGAUGGCCAUGCCUUGCCUCAGUGCCAUCGCCGGAGCGCUGCCGCCGGACUAUGUGGACGCCUCCAUCAGCACCGCCAUGGAAAAGCCGGUUUCUGUUGACGCCCAGGGAAACUUUGACCCCAAACCCAUCAAUACUGCAAACAUUGCUCUUCCAGAGAAGCUCGAGCACUUCGCCAACAAAUACGCCGAGCAUUCCCACGAGAAAUGGUCCGCAGAGAAGGUGCUGCUGGGCUGGAAAUAUGGAGACUGUGUGGACGAGAAGGCGAAGACUCACCCGCAGCUCAGGACCUACAAGGGCCUGACAGAAAAGGAGAAGGAGAUCUACAGAUGGCCGAUCAGAGAGUCCCUGAAGAGCAUGCUGGCGAUGGGCUGGAGCAUCGACCGGACCAAGGACGGAGAGAGCAUGUCUCAGCAGAGGGACAGUGAGAAGAUGAGGAAGAUAUCUCAGAGCUGUCAGGCCAACGGCUUCAACCCGAGCCCGAUUGACACGAGCAGCGUGGUUCUGUCCAGAGAGCUGCAGGGGAUGGUGGAGGUGGUGGCGGAAAAUUACCAUAACAUCUGGGCCAAGAAGAAAAAAAGUGACCUUGGGAGCCGAGGCGGGGGGACGCACCCUCUGCUGGUACCCUACGAUACGCUGACAGCGAAGGAGAAAGCCCGUGACCGAGAAAAGGCUCAGGACCUUUUCCGCUUCCUGCAGAUCAACGGCUACAGCAUCACAAGAGGUUUGAAGGACUUGGAGCAGGAUUCCUCCUCCAUGGAGAAAAGGUUUGCCUAUAGAUUCCUGAAGAAGCUGCUCAAGUAUGUUGACUCGGCGCAGGAGUUCAUCGCCCACUUAGAGGCCAUGGCCGCCAGUGGAAAAACCGACAGGUCACCUCAUGAACAAGAAAUCAAGUUUUUUGCCAAAGUUCUUCUCCCUCUCAUCGAUCAAUACUUCAAGAACCACACUCUCUACUUCCUCUCGUCCCCCAAUAAGAACCUCAGCAGCAGCGGCUACGCCUCCAACAAGGAGAAGGAAAUGGUCACAAACCUGUUUUGUAAACUGGCAGCUCUUGUCAGACAUAGGAUUUCACUGUUUGGGAGCGACUCCACCACCAUGGUCAGCUGUCUGCACAUCCUGGCACACACUCUGGACACCAGGACGGUGAUGAAGUCGGGCUCGGAGGCGGUGAGGGUGGGCCUGAGGACGUUCUUCGAGAACGCGGCGGAGGACCUGGAGAAGACGUUCGAGAACCUGAAGCUGGGGAAGUUCACUCACUCGCGCUCGCAGAUGAAAGGGGUGUCGCAGAAUAUCAACUACACCACCGUGGCACUGCUCCCCAUCCUCACCGCUCUGUUCGAACACAUCACUCAGCACCACUUUGGAGUCGACCUGCUCCUGGAUGAUGUCCAGGUGUCGUGUUACCGAAUCCUCACCAGCCUCUACGCUCUUGGCACUGGCAAGAACAUCUACGUAGAAAGGCAGCUUCCUGCUCUCGGCCAGUGUCUGGCAACUCUGGCUGGAGCCAUGCCUGUUGCCUUCCUGGAGCCGCUGCUCAACAUGUACAACCCCUGCUCCGUCUUCAAUACCAAGAGUGCCAGAGAGCGUGCCAUCCUAGGAAUCCAGGACUCGGUGGAGGAGAUGUGUCCCGGGAUGCCCCGGCUGGACGGCCUGAUGAAGGACAUCAACGACAUGGCCGAGUCCGGGGCGCGCUACACCGAGAUGCCCCACGUCAUCGAGGUGGUGCUGCCCAUGCUGUGCAACUAUCUGUCCUACUGGUGGGAGAGGGGUCCCGAGAACCAGGCCGCCGGCGGGGGGAGCAGCUGCUGCACCACCGUCACCUCGGAGCACCUCAGCCUCAUUCUGGGGAACAUCCUGAAGAUCCUCAACAACAACCUGGGCAUCGACGAGGCGUCCUGGAUGAAGAGGAUCGCAGUUUAUGUGCAGCCGAUCAUCAGUAAAGCUCGUGCAGACCUGCUGAAGAGCCACUUCCUUCCCACCCUGGAGAAACUGAAGAAGAAGACGGUGAAGGUCGUAGCCGAGGAGGAGCUCCUCAAGGCAGACAAUAAAGGAGACACGCAGGAGGCCGAGCUGCUCAUCCUGGAUGAGUUCGCCGUGCUCUGCAGGGACCUGUACGCCUUUUACCCCAUGCUCAUCCGCUACGUGGACAACAACAGGUCCAGGUGGCUGAAAGAACCAGACUCGGACUCCAACGAGCUCUUCAGAAUGGUCGCGGAGAUUUUCAUCCUCUGGUGCAAGUCGCAUAAUUUCAAAAGAGAAGAGCAGAACUUUGUGGUCCAGAAUGAAAUCAACAACCUUUCUUUUUUAACUGGAGAUAGUAAAACGAAGAUGGCCAAGUCCUUUAAGGAGAAGUCUGGAGGACAAGAUCAGGAGAGGAAGCACAAAAAGAGGCGCGGCGAGUUCUACUCCAUCCAGACUUCGCUGAUUGUCGCCGCACUGAAGAAGAUGCUGCCAAUCGGCCUCAACAUGUGCACGCCGGGGGAUCAGGAGCUCAUCUCUCUGUCCAAAACCCGCUACCUCCUGAGAGAUACAGACGAUGAAGUUAAAGAUCACAUCCGUCAGAAUCUGCACCUUCGAGAAAAAUCGGAGGACCCUGCAGUGAGGUGGCAGCUCAACCUGUACAAGGACAUCGUGAUGAGGACAGAGGGGCCUCCAGAUCCGGAACGAGUGGUGGACCGUAUCCAGAGGAUCUCCGCCGCCGUCUUCAACCUGGAGCAGGUGGAGCAGCCGCUCAGGUCCAAGAAGUGUGUGUGGCAGAAGCUGCUGUCCAAGCAGAGGAAGCGAGCGGUCGUGGCCUGCUUCCGGAUGGCUCCUCUUUACAACCUGCCCAGGCAUCGCUCUAUUAACCUCUUCCUCCUGGCCUAUCAGAGAAUAUGGAUAGAAACAGAGGAGUACUCUUUUGAGGAGAAGCUAGUGCAGGACCUGGCAAAAACACAGCACAAAGUGGAGGAGGAGGAAGAGGAGGAGGUGAGGAAGCAGCCGGACCCUCUUCACCAGCUCAUUCUGCAUUUCAGCCACAAUGCUCUGACUGAAUGCAGCUCUCUGGAGGAGGAUCCCUUAUACAUCGCCUAUGCAGAUAUGAUGGCAAAGAGCUGUGCUGAAGGUGAAGAGGAGGAAGGGAAAGACAAAACUUUUGAGGAAAAGGAAAUGGAGAAACAAAAGAUGCUGUAUCAGCAAGCCAGGCUGCACGAUCGCGGCGCUGCAGAGAUGGUGCUUCAGAUGAUCAGUGCAAGCAAAGGCCGACUUGGUGCUGUUGUGACGUUCACCCUCAAACUGGGCAUCUCCAUCCUCAACGGAGGAAACAUCCUGGUCCAGCAGAAAAUGCUGGACUACCUGAAAGAGAAAAGAGACGUCGGCUUUUUUAAAAGUCUUUCUGGGCUCAUGAUGUCGUGCAGCGUCCUGGACUUGAACGCUUUUGAGAGACAAAACAAAGCCGAAGGUCUGGGGAUGGUAACCGAAGAGGGAUCAAUCAACGUGAGUGAGCGGGGUUCCAAGGUUCUGCAGAAUGAUGAGUUCACUAAGGAUCUUUUUAGGUUUCUGCAGCUUCUCUGUGAGGGUCACAACAACGACUUCCAGAACUUCCUGAGGACUCAGACAGGAAACACGACCACCGUCAAUAUCAUCAUCAGCACCGUGGACUACCUGCUGAGACUCCAGGAAUCCAUCAGUGAUUUCUACUGGUACUACUCUGGGAAGGACAUCAUCGAUGAGGCCGGUCAGAGGAACUUCUCCAAAGCUCUGGCUGUGGCCAAGCAGGUGUUCAACUCCCUGACAGAGUACAUCCAGGGUCCGUGCAUCGGGAAUCAGCAGAGUCUGGCUCACAGCAGGCUGUGGGAUGCAGUGGUGGGAUUUCUGCACGUCUUCGCCAACAUGCAGAUGAAGUUAUCUCAGGACUCCAGUCAGAUUGAAUUAUUGAAGGAGCUACUGGACCUGCAGCAGGACAUGAUCGUCAUGAUGCUCUCCCUCCUCGAAGGCAACGUUGUGAACGGGACAAUCGGAAAACAGAUGGUGGACACCUUGGUGGAAUCUUCCAGCAAUGUGGAGAUGAUCUUGAAGUUUUUCGACAUGUUUCUGAAGUUGAAGGACUUGACAACUUCAGACAGCUUCAGGGAGUACGACCACGAGACCAAAGGAGUCAUCUCAAAGAAGGAUUUCCAAAAGUCUAUGGAGAACCAGAAGCAGUACUCGCAGUCUGAGAUCGAGUUUCUCCUCUCCUGCGCCGAGGCCGACGAGAACGAUAUGUUCAGCUACGAGCAGUUUGUGGAGCGAUUUCACGAACCGGCUAAAGACAUCGGCUUCAACGUGGCCGUGCUGCUCACCAAUCUUUCGGAGCACAUGCCUCACGACGCCCGCCUCUCCACGUUCCUCGACCUGGCCGAGAGCGUUCUCAGCUACUUCGAACCCUUUUUGGGUCGGAUCGAGAUCAUGGGCGGAGCCAAGCGCAUCGAGAGGGUGUACUUCGAGAUCAGCGAGUCGAGCCGCACGCAGUGGGAGAAGCCCCAGGUGAAGGAGUCCAAGCGGCAGUUCAUCUUCGACGUGGUCAACGAGGGCGGGGAGAGCGAGAAGAUGGAGCUGUUCGUCAACUUCUGCGAGGACACCAUCUUCGAGAUGCAGCUGGCCUCGCAGAUCUCAGAGCCGGACCCGGUGGAGCGUCCCGAGGAGGACGAGGACGACAGCCAGAGCGUGGCGGAGAACCAAGAGGAGGAAGAGGAGGAGAGCGUGAUGAUGGAGUCCUCCUCUGCCUUCACAAUUGCCUGCAUCUCCAUGAGAAAGAGUCUCUGUCACUUCCGUCAGAUGCUGACGCUGAAGAGCAUGAGGCGACAGUACCGCCGCUUCAGAAAGAUGAGCGUGAGGGAGUUAGUGCGAGGCUUCUUCUCCUUCUUCUGGAUGAUCAUCACGGGACUCUUCCACUUUGUCUACAGCCUCGUGUGGGGUUUCUUUCAUAUCCUGUGGACCACUAUGUUUGGCGGGGGCCUGGUGGAAGGCGCUAAGAAUAUGAAAGUGACGGACAUCUUGGGAAACAUGCCCGAUCCGACGCAGUUCGGGAUUCACGGCGACGUGCUGGAGACGGAGAAGAUGGAGGCCAGCGAGGCGUCGGCGCUGGCGGAGAUGGGUCAGAUGGCUCAGGGGGAGGCGGCGGAGGCCGACCUCAUGGCCGAGCUGCUCAACAUACAGCCCAAGAAGGAGGGCAAGCAUGGGACCGAGCCCGGCUUGGGGGACGUCUCGGAGGUGGUGGUGGGCGACGCGCCGUCCAUAGCCAGCGCGGUCAAACAGAAGAAGGCUCAGUUGGCAGCGAAGAAGAGGGCGGCGAAUGGAGACUACAAAUCUGAUUCCGAGAAGGGAGAUUCAGAAGACGGUGAGAAGAAAGACCACGACAAAGCCAAAGACGAAGCCCCUCCAGAUCCGCCAGUGAAGGAGAAGAAAGCCCCGAAGAAGCGGCUCGGCCCCAAGAAAGAACCACCAGAAGCCUUCAUGGCCAGCUUCUUCGCUGGCUUGGAAAUAUAUCAGACUAAGAUGCUGAACUACCUGGCCAGAAACUUCUACAACCUCCGCUUCUUGGCUCUUUUUGUUGCCUUCGCCAUCAACUUCAUUCUCCUCUUCUAUAAAGUGACGGGGGAUUAUUCGGACGAUGAAGACCCCUGGAACGGUCGCGGCAGAGUUGGAGAGGAGGAAGAUGAGGGAGCUCUGGAGUAUUUUGUCCUGCAGGAGAGCACAGGUUACAUGGCUCCAACGCUUCGCUGUCUGGCAAUACUACACACCAUCAUAUCGUUCCUGUGCGUUGUGGGAUAUUACUACCUGAAGGUGCCGCUGGUCGUCUUCAAGCGGGAGAAGGAGAUCGCCAGGAAGCUGGAGUUCGCCGGCCUCUACAUCACCGAGCAGCCGUCAGACGACGACAUUAAAGGGCAGUGGGACCGGCUGGUCAUCAACACCCCCUCCUUUCCCAACAACUACUGGGACAAAUUUGUCAAGCGCAAAGUGAUAAAAAAGUAUGGCGACCUCUACGGAGCGGAGAGGAUCGCGGAGCUGCUCGGCCUGGACAAGAGCGCCCUGGACUUCAACCCCACCGAGGAAACUGUGGCCAAGGAGGCCUCGCUGGUGUCGUGGUUGAGUUCGAUUGACACCAAGUACCACGUGUGGAAGAUGGGGGUGGUGUUCACAGACAAUUCCUUCCUGUACCUGGUCUGGUACACCACCAUGUCCAUCCUGGGCCACUACAACAACUUCUUCUUCGCCGCCCACCUGCUGGACAUCGCCAUGGGCUUCAAGACGCUGCGCACCAUCCUCUCCUCCGUCACACACAACGGCAAACAGCUGGUGCUGACGGUGGGCCUGCUGGCCGUCGUGGUCUAUCUCUACACGGUGGUGGCCUUCAACUUCUUCAGGAAGUUCUACAACAAGAGCGAGGACGAGGACGAGCCGGACAUGAAGUGUGACGACAUGAUGACGUGUUACCUGUUCCACAUGUACGUGGGAGUGAGGGCCGGAGGAGGCAUCGGGGACGAGAUCGAGGACCCGGCCGGCGACCCCUACGAGCUCUACCGCAUCCUGUUUGACAUCACCUUCUUCUUCUUCGUCAUCGUCAUCCUGCUCGCCAUCAUCCAGGGCUUGAUCAUCGAUGCCUUUGGAGAGCUGCGAGACCAGCAGGAGCAGGUCAAAGAGGACAUGGAGACCAAGUGUUUCAUCUGUGGGAUCGGUAACGAUUACUUCGACACGACGCCCCACGGCUUCGAGACCCACACGCUACAAGAGCACAAUCUGGCCAACUACCUGUUUUUCCUGAUGUACCUUAUCAACAAAGAUGAGACGGAGCACACCGGCCAGGAGUCGUAUGUGUGGAAGAUGUAUCAGGAGCGCUGCUGGGACUUCUUCCCCGCCGGAGACUGCUUCCGCAAACAAUACGAAGACCAGCUGGGAUAACGGCGACCCGUCAUCUUUACCUCCUCGACGAGCUGCUGGAGCAUGUAGAACUACAUGCAGCUGCUGGACUACAACACAAACACACACACACACACACACACACACACACAUAGACACACACACACAGGCAUCCCAGCAUCCUUAUGAACUGGUCUGUGUGCGGACUCUUUUUUUUACCUGGUACCUGCGUCGGUACAGUACUGGUCUAGGAAGAAAUGGCGUGCGGUGACGUGCUCGGACAUUUGGGUUUCCUCCUCUGACAGCGUGUCGCCUCUUCCUCCACGUAACCCUCAAUCAUUGCACAAUUUUUUUCUUUUUUCCUUUUUGGUCUUUUCGGAGAAACUCGGGGUUACGCGGCGCUACGGGACAACAUGUCAGUCAUAUUAUGCACAAUGUAUGAAUGUUGUACUUGAGACUUAAUGCCAAAAGACAAGCAGAGGAGUGUAGUCGUGUCGUGUGCAGAAAUGUGGUCGAUGAAGAGUUUUUUUGUUUCAGAUGUCGUGACGUUGCGUAUUGAGCUGAAGUUUGUAGGCAGAAGUGGCAAAAAGGUUUAUUACGUAGGGUUUAAAAAAAAAAAAAUGCCUAAAUUUCUUCAUGAAGUGCCUUACAGUACUGUAACUACAUUACAAUCAAGCUAUGCAAAACAGAGAUUUGUUUUCUUUAUUGUAUGUAAGUACAGUAGUUUCCCCGGAGCCGCUGUCCAGGUCUGCAGUUUGUGGCUGAAUGUUUUCAUCGGAGCGUCGGGCGAACAAACAAAGAGCACCGGGACGGUUUAUUUUGUUGCUGAAUGCAGCAUAACUGCAAAUGUUCGAGAAACACAGUGUAAAAACGACACAACAGAAUUUACUGAACACCUUCAAACCAGAACAAAACAAAAAAAAAGAAAAAGAAAAAUGCUAUUGUAUGGCCAUUUGUAUGUACUAGCUUUGCUGAUCUGUGCAUUUCUUUUGAUGGAAAAAAUAAAGAAAUCAUGCAAGAAA